ACCUUGCUUCAACCGACUAAACUAAUCAUUACCAACGAAUCGCAGUUGCAUAGACAUCACGCCGCAAUGCGCUCUCAAGGUGGCGGGAAUGGAGAGAAACACGUAAGUGCGUGUGCUAUCCAAUCUCGGGUGUAUCUGCUUUAUUUCCUUCACAGAACACGGUUGCAACGCCAUCGCCUGAUAUACUCUGCCCUGUCUGAAGAAUUUUCUCAAGGGUUGCACGCACUAUCGCUAAACACAAAGACUUCGGAGGAAGCGCAGAGAUACCAAGCCGAAAAGUGA